CAUCACCAAGGACACUGCCGGACUGUCAUAGACCUGUAUCACCACUGUAUUUGCACAUAGAACGAAAUCUCAGAGCGACAGGACGACCAGCGCCUCGCGUCGCUCGUAUCGCCAGGGCGGUAAUGUUCUAAAUGAACUAAUGAACGCGACGGCAUGGCAACCCCCGCCUCCGAAAAGCGAUAUAUCGGAUGGAGCGGAGAGCCAAGACUGUGGCAGACACACAUCCCAUCCGAUGUGCCUGCGACCCGCGUACGUCGCCUGCAAGCCACGGAAAAGACCGUCCGGCGGACCAAAACAAGCCCUCUUCGCCGCGGGCUGAGGCAUUAGCGGGCGUCGUCGAGGCGGCGAUGGUGACCACCAUCACGGCGUAUCUUGCUGCAUGAUGCAGCGAGUGUCACAGCACAGUGAAAUGGAAUGGCAGUGGGCAGGGCUGGGUGAUCGACUUUGAAU